AUGGCCAUCUCCUUUCUUCUCGUCGCGACAGCGAUGUUUGCAGCAAUCCUGUCAUUUGGACUGGCGCUGCUUAUUCCUCGUCCGCAUAUGAAUCUUCAUAGACAAGCGCAUAUACCCCGCAAAAGUCCACGGAAAUACCUGACCAUCAGGGUCUCCAACAUCCCUCGCGAUGUGACCAGAGAUCAAUUUCGCGGUAUCUUAAGAAGUUUAUCCAAAACUACCUCAGAUUUCACCUCCAACAAUAUACUGGGAUGGUCCUUCACGCCUGCUGCCAUCGCUGGCCUUUCAGAGCGUUUCUGCGUUGCCACCGUUACAUUUCAUGUAGCCCCAGCGCUCAGCGAUCUAGAGGUGUCUUUGAAGCGCAAACUUGGCGAGGGAGCCACCCGAUUGCUUGUCGACGAAGAUUUCUUUGGGCUCACACCUCUGGCCGCUCCCUUUCAAAGCCCAGCAGUGGAUAUUAUUGCAGUGACCGGGCUGUCUGGGCAUGCUUUUGGCUCUUGGAAGGCCAGGGGCAGGGCAGAUAUGUGGCUUCGCGAUUUUCUUCCGCCCUCAGUUCCAAAUGCGCGCAUCAUGAUAUACGGCUACGAUACCAAAUUACCAGGAAGUCAGUCGGAAGCAUCUAUUCUUGAGCUAUCUAAAAAACUACUUGAAUCAGUCAAAACGUCUAGAUCUGGAGAUUCUAAAAACCGGCCCCUUAUAUUUAUUGGACACAGUCUUGGAGGCCUCGUCUUAAAGCAGGCCCUUGUUCAAGCAUGUGAUGGCAGUGACGAUGAUAAAGCCAUUUUCAUGUCGUGUUAUGCGCUUAUGCUCUUUGGUGUUCCUAACAGAGGCCUUGAAACUUCAAGUCUUAUGGCUAUGGUCAGAGGGCAGCCCAAUGAAGCAUUAGUGAGAGAUCUGUCUGAGUCGUCACGGUUCCUGAGUCUCUUACAGAACAUGUUUUACGAGCGAUUCACAAUCGACAGCUCACGCAUCAUAUGUGUUUAUGAAACGCAGAUGACACCCACAGUUGAGUGGUCCGUGAAAACAGCGUCAUGGGAGAGGACUGGGCAAAAGGUCAUGAUGGUACCGCAUACUUCUGCAACGCAUGUCAAGCUAUCAGCUUUGGAAUCUCAGUAUAUCAACGCCCUCAACUCCCCAACCUAUGACUGGUUUAGACAUGGCAAGGUUGAUGACCCGGCACCUGGGACACUUCGCUGGUUCUUACGCGAAAAGCAAUUUCUUUCUUGGAAAGAUAGCAACGAGUCCUCUAUUCUGUGGAUUAGAGGAUCAGCAGGCCAAGGGAAAACUGUUUUGGCCAAGUUUCUCCUGGAUCAUUUGGAACGCGCCACCUCUGACUCUGGUUCUAAACCUACGAUCAUCUACUUCUUCUUCUACGACCAGGAUCAAAAUCUCCGAACCGUGGAUGCCGCACUAAGAUCGCUCAUCAAACAACUCAUUUUGCAUCGCCGCGGACUUGCUUUUCAGGUGAUUUCCGAAAAGUUUGACAUCGAGUCGCAGGUUAUACCGGAGUACAUUUUGUGGCGAGUUCUGGAAGAACUGCUACGUACAUCUAUUUUUGGCACUAUCUACUGCGUCUUUGACGCGCUAGACGAGUGUCGAGAUGACUCGCCGACCCCUAGGCUGCCAGACUUCUUUUCCAAGCUCGUCAAAUCAUCAUCAAUUAGCAAACCAACCGACCUUGUCAUCAAGGCACUCAUGAUUAGCCGCCCGAAAGUAGAGCUGAGCCGUGUGUUGGAACAACACCCAUUCAUACACCUGAAAGCCAACCCUCAAGAUCUAGAAGCGUUUAUUCGAUCUCAAAUUGAGAAAAUUGGAUUGAGUGACGAUCUUCAUGGCAAUGCGAUCAGGCUGCUGACGAGCCGGGCUGGGCAGACUUUUAUCUGGAUAUCUAUUGUCCUGAAGAAGAUCAAAGCUGUAACUUCACCGCUAUCGGAAGUGGACAUGGAGAAAAUCAUCACUCAGAGUCCUUCAGACUUGACAGCUCUAUACGAAGAUAUCAUGACACAGGUCAUGCGCAGCGAGAAUUCAAUACAGCAGAAACUUCUUGCUUGGGUUGUUUACGGCCAACAAGCUUUGACUUUGCCCGAGCUGCAAGAAGCCCUCUCCGUCCAGUACGAUUCUAGCAGUGCAGAAUCCGCGAAGAAACAUAUGAUACGACUUACAGAGUACGUGGUCACUAGUGUCGCGAUCCUGGAAAUUAGUCUUGGGAGAGUUUAUUUGAUACAUCAAUCCGCGAAGGACUUUCUCCUUGUGAGCGGGCAUCUGGCUGCUGCUGAAUUCUGCCGCAUUCUUCGCCCUUCUGCAUACCUGGGAAGGAUCUGCAUGGUAUAUCUGUGUUUUUCAGAAUUCAAGAGCGGGUCUUGUCGUGAUCGUGUCGAGCUAGAUCAGAGGAUCCGACAGUAUCCUUUUCUUCGCUAUGCUGCGCGCAAUUGGCACCGUCAUAUUCAGGCUGAGGACGAUAUCAGCGGCUUCGCCAGUAUCAUCCGCCAGGUAACAGAGCCCAAGUCCCCUACGCUCCAGGCAUGGGGGGAGGUUGCUGGUAUACUGGAUCUCGACAAAGCAGAGAAUGUAUGGGAUAUUGCGACAAGAGCUCACAUCCCAUGGCUGCCCGAAUUGUCUGAGUUUCGUGCUAGAGGCACCACUGUUGACCAAAGCAGAGUUAAGCUGGCGGCCAGUAGCGGUCUUGCGGGUUCCGAUGCUUUGAGUGCCCUCGUGAGACGCGGCAACGUUCAAUUCACCAACGAAGCUGCGCAAGCAAUCGCUCGCUACUGCGACCAAGAAAUGAUGCAAUCGUUUUUGGAAAGCAGCAGGCGCGUCAUCGUCACACCGUCUCUCAUGAGGGCAGCCGCAGCGAAUGACAAGUAUGGCGCGUCAGUGAUACGCUUAUUGUUGAAGAGCCUAGAUGACUUUGUGAUUACAGAUGACUUUGUAUUGAAGCUGCAAACAAACCAUGCCUGCAGACAUGACAUCAUGGAAUUCCUCUUACACGAGAACGUGAAGAUCUCUAAUGAAGCGCUGGCCAACUUGGUUAAAAUUUUUGGCGCAAAAAUCCUCAAAUUCGUGCAGAGUUCGCAGUGGGAUGAUACUUUGAUCACGGAAGCCGUCGUUGCAGCUGCGGCUGGUUGUGCAGACGGAGAAGAAGCAAUGACUCUGUUACUGGAGCAGCGUGAGAAGGAGAUUGAAAUCACAGAAGAAGUGCUCAAAGCAGCUGCCAGUAAUGAUUAUUACAGUCGAGGCGUGAUGGAACUACUUCUUAAGCGAGUAGGAAGGGCUGAAAUCACUGAAGAUGUCGUCAAAGCUGCCGCGAAACAAUGGGAAAAGAGCAUGGAAAUAAUUUCUCAUUUACUAGAAGAACGCAAAGGAGAUAUCCUUAUCACUGAAGAUAUCCUUCAAACCGCGGUAAGGAAUUACAAAAACGGCAAAGCGCUUGCUGAAAUUCUUCUCGAGGGCAAUGACAACAAGAUUGAGAUCACAGAAGACAUAGCUAAAGCAUCGACGAUCAGUCCUUCCAAUGGCAGGGCGAUAAUUACGUUAUUUCUUGGGAAAUCAGGGAGUAAGCAUAACAUUCCAGAAGAGGUGCUUGAAGCUGUGGUAGGGUACUCGGGUAGCGGAGCGCUCAUAACAUGGCUUUUUGAACAGCAUGGAGAUAAGAUUCACCUCACAGAACCUGUUGUGGUGGCUGCCGCAUCGUCUUUCGACGCUGAUGAGGCGUUCGCGCUGCUUCUCGAGUACCGUGGAAAUGAAAUCAAGUUCACGGAAAACGUGGUUAAAGCUGCGGCCAAAAGCUAUUACGGAAGCACAAGAUUGAUGGCCUCACUACUCGAGACACAUGGAAACGAGAUCGAGAUUACAGAGGAUGUCCUGAUAGCUGUAGCAGAGAAUGACAGCACUGGGCAUGCAACGAUGAGGAAUCUUCUCGAUCGACGCCCGAAAGAGGUCAAAAUAACAGAGAGAGUGAUGAAAGCCGCUGCGAGCAACCAAUCCAGCCCAGAAUUGCUCUCACUGCUUUUAAAGGAGCGCGGAGAUGAGGUGCGGGUCACCGAAAAUAUAGCAAAGGCUGCGGCGGCGAAUCGGCAUGGUCGCCUGCCCAUGGCACUUCUUCUUGAGAAGCGUGGAAGUGAGUUCCAGAUUACAGAAGAUGUGGUCAAAGUGGCUGCCAGAAACUAUUCCAGCGAUGUCUUGACAUUCCUUUUGGAGAAGUAUGGAAAUCAAAUCAAGAUUACAGAAGAAGUCAUUGAGGCCGCUGCAAGGAGCUAUCACAAAGAGGCAGUCGGGCUCCUUCUCGAGAAGUGUGACAGCGACGUCAAAAUUACAGAGGACAUGAUCAAGGCCGUUGUGGGAAGCACAAUAAACUGCACCUUGGUCAUGACGAUGCUUUUCGAAAAAUAUGGAAGCAAGAUUGAGAUCACAGAGGAUGUCGUUAUAACUGCUGCUGGUAACGAUAACAACACCGCACCAAUACUGACGCUUAUGCUUCGCAAAAGCAAUGCCAAAAUCACAGAGCGCAUCACUAAAGCUAUGGCGAAAAAUUCCAGUUGCGGGAGAGCAAUGAUGCUUUGGCUUUUGGACAAGUACGGAAGCGAGAUCGAAAUCACAGAGGAUGUGGUUAUAGCCGCAGCUGAAAAUAGGGAAAACAGCAGAGCAGUUUUGGCUCUUCUGUUUCAAAAACGUGGAGGAGAGAUCAAGAUUACAGAGAAAAUAAUAAAGGCGGCCGCUGAAAACAGCAGAGCGGCUUUAUUAUUCUUGCUGGAGAAGUUUGGGAGCGAGAUUCGGAUCACAGAGAGUAUCGUGAAAGCCGCUGCGAGAAACUCUGGCAGCGGUAGAGCGGUCAUGCUGCUGCUUCUCCAAACAUAUGGAGAAAUGGUCCAGAUUACAGAAGAUGUGAUUUUAGCUGCGGUUGGGAGAGGGAGAGGCAGCAGAUCGGUGAUGCAGCUACUUUUUAAGGAGCGGGGAAGCGAUAUCAAAAUCACCGAGCAAGUGAUGAAAGCGGCUGUGCAGAAUAACAGAGGAGUUACAGCGCUUCUCUUGGAGGAGCGUGGAGAUGAGAUCGAAAUUACAGAGGACAUAUUGAUAGCCGCUGCAGCGAACGUGAACCACGGCGAAGAAGUGAUGGAUCUACUUCUUGAUAAGCGACUCAGCGACGUUUCAGCCUUGAUACAGGACUCGGUAUGUCUUGCGGCCGCUGCAUCUGGACGGCAUAAAGUCCUCAACCUCUUAUGCAAUCGCCAUGGGUUUCUUCCUCUUCGCAAAGAGUGGACUGCUAUUGCGACAUUCUUCAACGCUGCCAAAGAUGGAGACGUGGCAGCUGUCAGGAGGCUUCUCAAAGAGGGAGUAGAUCCCGAUGUUAAGAAUGCCGACAGUACACUCGUAACACCUCUAUGGGCUGCUGCUUGGUAUGGCAACACGGCGAUUGUGGAGCUGCUCACGCAAAGGAAAGAUGUUGAUGUCAACAUCUUGUCGGACGCGGGUAGAUCGCCGAUAUAUGGGCCAGCUGUGAGUGGCUACGGGGCCAUUGUGAAGCUACUGAUAGCUGCUGGCGCAAAGGUCGACUUUGUGGAUAAGGACGGCGACACACCAGCUUCUGUGGCGAGAAACUAUGGACAUGGGAGGGUAGCUGAGAUGCUGGAGCGAGUGAGCUCUGAACGGUGA